AGCCUGAAAGCAAGAGUACUUAUGCUAAUUUUCUGUUUGCCCUACGACAUAGAAUACACUGCCUACUUAAAGUACUCGGUAAAGCUGUUGAACAAGUCCAACUUAGGAGGAAUUGUAGAAGCCAGGUAACCUGGGAAAGUUGGUAUGAUUUCACUGAGAGGGAAAAUUAAUUUGCACCCAUUCAAAUCUGAACCACUGGAGGCACCACCACCUAAGCCAGAGAACCAGGGGUAGAGAGGUUGGCCAAGACUGCUUUCAUCAAAACUCGUAGUAACAUGUUGGGAAGACGUCUGCCAGCCAAUAACCGCUUCAACCAAAACUGUGCAGCAUAAUGUGGACAAAGCAAGACAUAAAAGCUAUAGAGACAAGCCCACGAUAACUAUGCUCAUCCCUGUAAUGUUGUUUUCCUUUUUCGACGAUGCAUGGCACAGUUUUACUUCAAACGAAUGUUUACAAAAUGGCCUGAUACUGUUUUAUUGUGGAGUAACUGUUUAUUCCAUCACAUAGUCAGCAAGAUCAUUACAACAGUCAAGUGAAAUGUUUACCUCUGCAAGCAGCAACAAGCUUUCAGCACAAGCUUGCAUGGGCUGUGAAUAUGCACAGACUACAAGUAAACAAAAGCUGAAGCGGCCUUCAAGUGUUAAGUGUGGAAAAAGAUGUUUUGCAGCAAUGGCCGUGACUGAAGACAACACAAGUGUGUAUGUGGUUUUCCAAUCCAAGCACAGAGGCCACGACUUUGAACUGGGUGGUGUUUUUCUGUCCAAGUCGGAAAGAGCUGCUAUUGCUGGCUUGCAGUUACCUGGAUUGAUAUGGCUUAUGAUCCUAGUGGGAUUCAAUGUCUCAAAACAGCAACAAGCUGCGAGAAGGCGUGUCCAUGGAUGCAGUACUGGAUAAUGUGCGGUCCAACGUGGAUGAGACGUUCCACUGCAUUAACCUGUUAAGCAAGCAGGAUCCACCAAGGACAACCUUACAAAAGUGAAAUUUUUGAGAGAAAAAAUGAGGACCUUUUGGAUGAGAGAUUUUAUGCUAGUCAUUAUGACCACACCACAACUGAUUGUGUAUGUGUCGAUGGAACACAUGGAACAGCAGGUGAGCAUUACUAUAUAAAUGCAUUAAUAAUAAAAGCAAAAAAGAGGGAAUGCUGUUUG